AUGGAUUAUAAGAUCAAGAAGAGGAGAAGAAUAAGAAGAGAGAGAUCGAAGAAGAUCAACUGGUGGAAACUACCUAAUGAGGAAGGAGAUGAGCUGGAAAGUAAGAUCACAGAAAUGCUAAUGGAACAAAGCAUGGUGGGAGAGUGGAAAUGGAAUGAAACAUACCCCAAUAUACUAGAAGCAGCAAAGGAGACACUGGGAGUUAGUAGAGGUGGGAAAUACAUAGAAAAAGAAUCCUGGUGGUGGAAUGAAGAAGUACAAGAGGCUGUGAAGAAUAAGAAAGAAGCUUUUAAGAUAUGGAAGAGAUCUGGUUUGGAGGAAGACAGGGAGACUCUGAGAGAAAUGAAUAAGAUCAGUAAAGAAAAGUGUGCGAUUGUUAGAGAGAAAGGUCAGGAACAACUAUACAAAGAUCUGGAGCAAAACGGACCGAAAAGAAUCUACAAGUUAGCAAAAACUAGACAGAGAAGAGCAAAGGACAUUGACAAGAUUACUUUUGUCAAGGAUGAGCAGGGAAAGAUCGUGAGCGAAGAUGAGAAAAUCAAGGAGCGAUGGAGGAAAUAUUUUGAUAGACUUUUGAACACGAAGAACAACAGGAAAGAACUUGACCAUCUUGAACCAGUCCAUGGGCCAGUACCAGAGAUUACGGAGGAUGAAGUGAGAAGACAACUCAAGAAGAUGAAGAACAAUAAAGCAAGAGGACCGGAUGAGCUCCCCAUCGAACUAGUGAAGAAAUUGGGAAACACAGGAACAGAGUGGAUGACAUCAUGCUUCAGAGAAAUAAUGAAGACAGGAAUACCAGAAGAAUGGAGAACAAGCAGAAUAGUGCCCCUUUACAAACAGAAAGGUGAUCCCCUAAGCUGUGGAAACUAUCGAGGCAUUAAACUCCUCUGCCACUCACUGAAAUUAUUUGAGACAGUGAUAGAGGCGAGACUGAGAGAAAUAGUGAAGAUAAAGGACAACCAAUAUGGAUUCCAACGCGGAAAAUCAACCACUGAGCCGAUGUUCUGUCUGCGGAUGCUGCAAGAGAAGUAUAGAGAAUUCAACAAAGAGCUACAUAUGGUUUUCGUGGACCUUGAAAAGGCAUAUGAUACAAUCCCGAGGGAGCUAAUAUGGUACUGUCUAAGGAAGCGUCAAGUCCCGGAGGCCUAUAUUGAAACCAUCAAAGAUAUGUAUAAGCGCUCACCACUAGUGUCGCAACGAACGUUGGUGAGACUGAGAAAAUUCAAGUAG